ACUACAUGUUAUGACGUUAUGACAUCAUUUAUGCAUCAUUUCGUCCGAGAAAGUAAUUAGAAAUAUAAAACAGUUCUUCAAACAAUUAUCAAAGAAAUAAAAUAAAAGAUUGGACGGGAGUUGUUAAGGGGUGGAGGUGAGGAUUUAGAAAAUUUAGUUCGUCAGGUCUUAAUGCCUUCGACUAAAUAUACAUAAAUAUAUCUUGAAUUGAAAAAACGAAAGUGGGGCGUUAAGAAUGACUGAUCCAAAGUAUGCUGAUCUCCCUGGUAUUGCUCGUGGGGAACCAGACGUCUAUGAAACUAAGGAUCUCCCAGAAUCAGAUCAAACUUCUGACUUUUAUGAAGAAGAAAAUGAUUCUAUAGAACGUAUACACAUUUCUGCUACUGAAGCAUUUAAUAAAUUCAAAGGCAAAAACUUAAGUGCUGGUAAAGUUGAUUUUUCUGAACGUAUAAGUCGACGAAUUAGAACUGGGUAUGAUGCUGCAAUUGGAGAAUGGGAGAUUGUCGGCCAAGGUGAAAAGGAAACACCACUUCAAAAAUAUCAACGCUUACAAUGUGAACUGACUGAAUUAUUGGAAGAAAUUAAUAAAAUGCAUAAUGAGAAAAAAGAUGAAACUUCCAACUGUUUAGUGUCUGUUGAAGAAAUUCAGCAGACACUAAUGAAAUUAGCUGAUUUACAAUUAGAAGAAAGCUUGGGACAAGAAGUUAUUUCCAGUAUAUCUGAUCCUCAGGGUGUGCAACUUAAGAAACUUAUGUCUCAGUUGGAGCAGUUUAAAGCGAAAGCCAAUGAGCAACCGGAGUCAGAAGGUCACCUAGAUGAUGCUAUUAUUUAUCAGUUCAACUAUAGACCUGACCAGGCCAGACUCGCUCAGACAGCACGAGUUGCAGAAUUAGAAACACGUAUACAUCGUUUAGAGGGUGUUUUAGGAGGCAGUGAUGAAAAAUUGGGGAGGCUUUCAGCAGCUACAUCUAAAGGUACUUUAUUAGAGACAGCUCAGUAUUUAAGUGCAACUGCAAGUAUGUUGGAUUCAGCUCAACUGGAUCAUAUUGAGGGUCGCUUAACAGCUUUGGUUCAAAAACUGGAUAUGAUAGCAGAAAAGAAAGCAAAAAUAAGUGAGGAUGUAGAGAAAGACAAAAUGAUUUUGGAACUUUAUGAGCUUGUUAAAAAUACCGAAAAUGUAUCUAAAAUUCUGCCAAAUACCAUUGAAAGGUUGAAAUCUCUAGAAGCAAUGCACAAAAAAUCUGGAGACUUUAUAAAAAGCCUAAUUCAGGUAGAAGCACUACAGUCUGAAGUUCAGAGCAAUGUCAGAAACAAUAAAGCACUUCUCAAAGGUGUUCAAGAAAGCUUUGCUCUAAAUCUUGAAGAAAUAAAUAAAACUAUUCAGAAUCUUGAUAGCAGAAUUAAAAGCAUUAGUAAAAAAUAAACAGUAAUAAUUUUAAGUAGAAGUUUUAAGAGUAUUAAAAGUAAAUUAAUGUUAUAUGCAUG